AUGGAGGAUUUUGUUUCUGAGAACUCUACCUCUCUCAAAGGAAUAUCGAAUGAAACAAGUGGAACUUCUCAGAAAUCUUUUUCCAGACACUCAGAACAAGAGACAUUCGCUUUUGUUGUUAUAUAUGUGACUCUAGCGUUGCUUGUGAUUCUGGGUAACUCUCUCAUCAUAGCCGUAUUCACUAGAAACAGAAAGCUACGAACAGCAACCAAUCUCUUUUUCGUGAGUUUGGCAGUUUCAGAUCUUUUUGUUGGAACCUUCUCUAUUCCUAGUUGGAUAUACAUUUUGCUGUAUGAUUUGAACCAUUUAGCGCGUAGCACUUUCAACCUGUCUUUCCGCGCAGUGUACAUUUUCGUAGACAUUUCAAGUGCUCUAGUCUCCAUUGCACAUCUUACAGCGAUAAGCAUCGAACGGAACUUCUCCAUUUCAAGGCCACUAAAACACCGAGCUAUGGCACGUGUGUACUAUCACGUUGCUAUUGCCGCAACAUGGUUGUAUGGCCUUGCCAUUACGUACAUCUUCGUGAGCGAUUUCAAGGCCGUACCCUGGCAGAAAUACAGAGUUCUACUUAUUACCAUCGGAGGCUUUGUUCUCCCCCUUUUUGUCAUAAUCUGCAUGUACGCCGACAUUUACAAGAGCGUCAAACUGUUUAAUAUUCGCCGAAGGUCAUAUUCCACCAAUUCGCUUCAAAGAAAAGUUAUCCGGGAAAAGGCGACCGCAAAAACUGUGUUAAUUGUCACGAGCGUUUUCGUAGUGUCAUGGCUCCCAUUUUAUACACUUUCAAUGUUAUUUAUAUUUUGUCCAAAAGUAGUCCCGCAGGGAGUCAGCCUGUUUCACUUGUUAGAUUUUGUAAAGUUUCUCCAUUACAGUAACAGCGCUAUGAAUCCUGUUGUAUACACUUAUCGUAUUCGGGAAGUGAGAACCACACUGCUUAAGUUUGUUGCUCCGUGUUUAGCACAAGCUCCUAUCCCAAAAGCGCCAGCUAUGCCGAUAGCACCUCAAAGGCAACUUGUUGCUCAUGUCCACGGGACUUCACGACAUUCCGUG